AUGGCACACCCACUCAUCACAAUUGAGAGCCGAGGCUCCGGCAAACAUGAUCUGGACGGCAUAACUUUGAGCUCAUUGAUGUCUCAUGCCGCAAUAUCAGACGCCAGAACAAGAGCGCUCAAACCAAAUUACUACCACACUACAGCCACAACCGAGCGCACAUCUCACAUUGAUAGCAACAGAAAUACACAGACUGCAGAUAGUCAAAUGACAACCCCAUCUUCAACGGCGUCAGCAACCGCAGAAGCAGCAAUAACAAAUGAUGAUGAUGAUGAUGAUGAUGAUGAUGAUGAUGAUGAUGAUGAUGAUAAUGGUAACAUUCCAACUUGGCGAUUGGUUAAUAUCGUCCUAGCGGUAGCUGGCAUUAGCUUCCUAGCCUCAUUCUCUACUGGUGUGCUCACGAUUGGUAUUCCGCACACCGCGAUGGAUAUUGGGCUUUCAGAGGAUUUGAUACUAUGGCCUUCUUCGGUUUAUUCACUGGCAAGCGGUUCUUGUCUCCUGCUCGCAGGAUCCGUCGCCGAUGUAGUUGGCAAUCGAAUCUUGUUCAUAAUUGGCUGUUUCCUAGUAGGAUGCUUCAUGAUGGCAUGUGGACUGGUGCGAACAGGAAUUGAGCUGAUCAUGUUCCGUGCUUUACAAGGCGUGGCCGUAUCACUCUGCUUGCCUACAUCGGUCGCUAUUGUUUCCAACGCGGUGUCCACGGGAAGGAAACGAAACAUUUGCUUCUCGAUAUUGGGGUUCGCCCAACCAGCUGGGUUUUCUGUUGGCUUGGUGUUGGGUGGUGUCAUGCUUGAUACUAUCGGGUGGCGAUAUGGCUAUUAUAUAUCGGGCGGGCUGACUCUUGCCCUGUUUGGGAUUAGUAUAUGGGUUUUGCCAUCGGAUCAGGGAGCUGGGGGAUGGACCAAUCUUGCGAAGUUGAGGAAGGAGGUCGAUUGGAUUGCAGGUCUUAUGUCAUGCGCUUGCCUGUCCAUGUUUUCGUACAUUCUGGCGGAAUUGACGAAUAACACCUCGAAUAUCAAAAACCCCGGAAAUAUCGUCAUGCUUGUGAUCUGCGCCUGUCUCGUGCCCUCAUUCCUAUUCUGGGAACAGCGUCAAGAACGACUUGGGAGACCAGUUUUGAUUCCGAACUCCUUAUGGCGAAACACCGUGUUUACAAACGUGUGCGUGAUGGUCUUGUUUGCAUGGGCCGUACUCAACGUGAUGGAGAUGUAUUGCAGUUUGUUCUUCCAAAAGGUUCAAGGCCUCUCAGCUCUUGAAGCCUCGCUUCGCAUCCUGCCUAGCAUGGCAAUAGGCUCAAUAUGCCAACUGAGCACAGGGCUCCUAGUGCAUCGGAUUUCAACAUUUUACUUGGUAGUUGGCUCCAUGCUGCUCAGUGCCGGCGGCCCCCUGCUCAUGGCAGUAAUCAACGUUCAAUGGCCGUACUGGUCCGACGCCUUCUUUGCACAGUUACUGGCUCCACUGAGUGCCGACAUCCUUUUCACGGUUGCUCUACUGGUGAUUUCCGACGUGUUUCCGCCGCGCACUCAGGCCCUCGCAGGCGCGGUGUUUAAUACUGUUUCUCAGUUUGGAAGUUCGCUUGGUUUGACCAUUAUGGCUGUCAUUUCCUCCGCAGUUACGAGACAUGCUGCUGCUUCAUCCCCCGAUGCUGGUAAAGAUGACGACGACUCCCCCGCUGCUCUUUUGAUGGGUUAUAGAGCUGGUUUUUGGGCUGCAUUUGCUUGGAUGAUGUUUGCGUUUCUGAUUGGGGCCUUUGGGCUGCGGAGGAUUGGCAAGGUUGGAGUGAAGCGAGAUUAA